AUGGGGUUCUUCACUGAAGCGUACUACAUGUCCGUGUUGACCAAGAGGACUUUCUUUCCGCGCAGAGAUUUCAAGGCAGAGAGCGUACCUGAUCUCAGCGCGCGUGUUAUAAUCGUGACUGGAGGAAAUGUCGGGAUAGGAAGAGAGACGAUCAAGGUUCUACUCCAACGCAAUGCAAAGGUCUACAUGGCGUCGCGGAACAGGGACAAAGCCGAGGCGGCCAUCAAGCGCCUCAAAGACGAGACAGGACAGGACGCCAUCUUCCUCGAGCUGGACUUGAGCAGCCUGGCGUCAGUCCGGAAGGCAGCGAGCGAGUUCUUGAGCAAGGAACCGGAGUUGCAUGUCUUGUUCAACAAUGCCGGAGUGAUGGGUCCGCCUAUCGACGAACUCACCGCGGAAGGCUUCGACCUCCAAUUCGGCACCAAUGUUAUCGGUCACUUCCUCUUCACGGAGCUGCUCAUGCCCGCGCUCCUCGCCGGUGCCCAGAGCUCGCCUGACCACCACGCGCGCGUCAUCACGACCUCCUCCUCCACCGCGAUGUACGGCAAGAUUGACUUCGGCUCUGUCCGCGAGGGCUCGGCCCGGCGGCGGUACUCGCAGGACGCAUUGUAUGCUCAGAGCAAGCUGGCGAACGCGAUCGUGGCGCACCAGGCGGCGAAGCGGUAUGGAGGGAAGGGGAUCGUGUCGAUAUCUGUGGAUCCAGGGUGCAUCGCGACCGAGCUCCAGCGGUACUCCCUCAGCUUGCCCGGCCUUCGGGGCCCUAAACAAGGUCAUCGUACGUCACCUUCUGCAUCCUCUCUCAGUGAGUGGUCUCUGACCAUGAUCGAUGAUAACGGGACACAACAAAUGGAACACGAAUUGAACACAUACGACGAAUUCCUGGUGCAACAUACGGCCACGCACUGGCAGGCAACACUGUUGCUCCGCCCUGCGCCCUUCGGCGCGCUCACCCAGCUCUGGGCGGGCACCACACCCGAGGCGAUCGAGCACAACGGCAAGUACGCGAUCCCGACGGCACGGAUUGGCCCCUGCAGGGCGGAGGCGUACGACGACGAGCUGGGCCAGAAGAUGUGGACCUUCCUGGAGAACAGUGUCAAGGAGGCAUAG